CCGGAAGUGGCGCGCGCGGGGCCUGUGGCGGCUGUGGCGGGGUCGGGGCGGCCGCGCUUCGGGACCGGCGCAGAACCAUCAUGAAAAUGUUUACUUUGAUGCCAGGAAUCUAACUUCACUAGGAGCUAAUCCUCCAAUUACUUGAAGAUACCCUGUCCUUAGUUGAAUACUGGGACUCAUUAGACAAUGGGCACUGCACACUAAGCAGGGGUGGAAGACUGAAGCCCAUCUGGGGACAGAAUGAGUGUAAAAGAUGCUGACAGUGCAGUUUGCCAGGCAAAGGCAGCCUAUAACCUGCAGAUUUACCCCCAGCUCUCCACAGAAAGCGCUCCCUGCUGCAGAGUGACAGCGACCAAGGACAGCACCUCGUCAGAUGUCAUCAAGGAUGUGAUCAGCAUCUUGAACUUGGACGUCUCCAAGCACUACGUGCUGGUGGAGGUGAAGGAAUGCGGGGGAGAGGAGUGGGUGCUCGACAUCAACGACUCUCCCGUGCACAGGGUUCUGCUGUGGCCUCGCCGCGCUCAGGACGAGCACCCCCAGAAGGAUGGCUACUACUUUCUCUUGCAAGAGAGGAACACUGAUGGCACCAUCAAGUACGUGCAGAUGCAGCUGCUCUCCAAGGAGACGGAUGCCCGCAGGUUGGUGGAGCGGGGUUUCCUUCCGUGGCACCAGGAGGACUUCGAUGACUUGUGCAACCUCCCCAACCUGACAGAGACCACGCUCCUGGAGAACCUCAAGUGCCGCUUCCUAAAGCACCGGAUUUACACUUAUGCGGGAAGUAUCCUGAUUGCAAUUAACCCCUUCAAGUUCCUGCCCAUCUACAAUCCCAAAUACGUCAAGAUGUACGAGAAUCAUCAGCUGGGGAAGUUGGAGCCUCAUAUUUUUGCCAUUGCUGAUGUGGCCUAUCACACAAUGCUUAAAAAACACGUGAAUCAGUGCAUUGUUAUAUCAGGUGAAAGUGGGUCUGGGAAAACCCAAAGCACAAACUUUUUAAUUCACUGUCUCACGGCUCUGAGCCAGAAAGGGUAUGCCAGUGGUGUGGAGAGAACCAUCCUGGGAGCUGGACCAGUCCUGGAGGCAUUUGGAAAUGCAAAAACAGCACAUAACAACAACUCCAGCCGUUUUGGGAAGUUCAUUCAAGUCAACUAUUUAGAGAAUGGGAUUGUCAGGGGGGCUGUUGUUGAAAAAUACCUGCUUGAAAAAUCUCGCCUGGUUUCUCAAGAGAAAGAUGAAAGGAACUACCAUGUCUUCUAUUAUUUGCUACUUGGAGUCAAUGAGGAAGAGCGUAAAGAAUUUCACCUCAAGCAACCUGAAGAUUAUUUCUACCUCAACCAGCAUAACUUGAAAAUUGAAGAUGGGGAAGAUCUCCGGCACGAGUUUGAGAGAUUAAAACAAGCCAUGGAGAUGGUUGGCUUCCUUUCAGCAACAAAGAAACAGAUUUUUUCCAUCCUUUCAGCUAUUCUCUACCUGGGCAAUGUCACGUACAAGAAGAAAGCCACAGGUCGGGAUGAAGGGUUGGACGUGGGACCUCCUGAAGUGUUGGACAUUCUUUCCCAGCUCUUAAAAGUUAAACGAGAAAUCCUGGUAGAAGUGCUAACAAAAAGAAAAACUGUGACUGCUAAUGAUAAGCUUAUUUUGCCAUAUAGUCUCAAUGAGGCAAUUACAGCUCGUGAUUCCAUGGCCAAGUCCCUGUACAGUGCUCUGUUUGAUUGGAUUGUUCUGAGAAUCAAUCAUGCACUCCUGAAUAAGAAGGACAUGGAGGAAUCUGUUACAUGUCUGUCCAUUGGUGUACUUGAUAUCUUUGGGUUUGAAGAUUUUGAAACCAACAGUUUCGAACAGUUCUGUAUAAAUUAUGCAAAUGAGCAGCUUCAGUAUUAUUUCAAUCAGCACAUUUUCAAAUUGGAACAGGAGGAAUAUAAGAGUGAAGGGAUCACUUGGCACAAUAUUGACUAUACUGAUAAUGUGGCCUGCAUUCACUUAAUCAGCAAGAAGCCCACUGGCCUCUUCUAUCUUCUGGAUGAAGAAAGCAAUUUUCCACAUGCCACCAACCAAACUCUGCUGGCCAAAUUCAAGCAGCAGCACGAGGAGAACAAGUUCUUUGUGGGAACCCCAGUGAUGGAACCUGCUUUUAUCAUCCGGCACUUCGCUGGGAAAGUGAAAUACCAGAUCAAAGAUUUCAGGGAGAAGAACAUGGACUACAUGAGGCCGGACAUCGUGGCUCUGCUGCGGGGCAGCGACAGCGCCUUCGUGCGGGAGCUGAUCGGGAUGGACCCCGUGGCCGUGUUCCGCUGGGCCGUGCUGCGCGCUGCCGUCAGGGCCAUGGCCGUGCUCGCAGAGGGGGGACGCCAGAGGGCUCAGAAAACUGCAGGAGUGGUACGUCAAGGACCCAGAGUUCCCCUUGCUGAGCUCCAGAGAUCCAACACCCCAGUAGAAAAAGUUUAUCGCUCCUCAGUGCUUGAUUUCUCAUUUGAUUGUUCUGAGGAUUACGCUGUAAAUGCUUUUCAAGACCUCGUUCCUUUCCGUGAAAACAAGAAAGACAUGCAUGAGCAGAUCAUCGCCAGUAUUAAAGGACUGCCCUGGCAGGGGGGGGAUCCCUGCAAGCUGCUUCGGUCACUCAGCCGCCUUCACCACCGCUCCCACUUCAUGAAAAGUAGAGGUGUCAAACAAAAGCAGAUCAUUCCCAAGAACUUGCUGGACUCCAAGUCUCUGAAGCUCAUCGUGAGCAUGACCCUGCAUGACAGGACCACGAAGUCCCUUCUGCACUUGCACAAGAAGAAGAAACCCCCCAGCAUAAGUGCCCAGUUCCAGAAUUCACUUAAUAAGUUGCUGGAGACCCUGGGCAGAGCUGAGCCCUUCUUCAUCCGCUGCAUCCGCUCCAACGCCGAGAAGAAAGAGAUGCUUUUUGAUGAGAACUUGGUGCUUCAGCAGUUACGGUACACGGGCAUGCUGGAAACUGUGCGGAUCAGGAGGUCUGGCUACAGUGCCAAAUACACAUUCCAGGAAUUCAUCGACCAGUUUCAGGUGUUACUGCCCAAAGAUGCCAAAGCCUCUAAGGAAGACAUCUGUGCUUAUUUGAAUAAACUAAAACUGAAUGAAAGCUACUAUCAAAUAGGGAAGACCAAGGUUUUUAUGAAAGAGGCUGAAAGGCAGAUACUCCAGGAUACACUACACAAAGAAGUGAUCAGGAAAAUCAUCCUCCUCCAGAGCUGGCUCAGGAUGGUUUUGGAAAGGAGGCGCUUUCUCAGGACACGGCAGGCGGCCCUUGUUUUACAGGCCUGCUGGCGUUCCCGCUGUCUCAGGGUGGCCCUGCAGAGGAGCAGCGCUGCCGUCGAGAUCCAGGCGGCCUGGAGACGGUACCGGCAGCGGAAACGCUUCCUGCAGCACAGGAGGAGCAUCUGCCUCCUGCAGGCCCUGCUCAGAGGACACCUGGCACGCAAGAGAUAUCAGGAGAUGGCUGUAGAAAGGCAGAAAGCUGAAGAAAAGCAGAGAGAAAUGCAGGAAGAAGACAGAGAGGAUGAUAAGAGCAAGAAUGAGCAGAGUGAGCCAGCAACAGAUGAACUACCUGUGAAACAUGAAACAGAGCUGGAUCAGGCUGCUGGGGAUGAAGAUCAAGCUCAACAUGAACAAGUUGAAGAUCAAACUGUAAAUGAGCAAUCUGAAGACCGAGCUCAACGUGAGCAAUCUGAAGACCAAGCUCAACGUGAGCAAUCUGAAGACCAAGCUCAAAAUGAGCCAUCUGAAGACCAAGCUCAACAUGAGCAAUCUAAAGACCAAGCUCAGCGUGAGCAAUCUGAAGACCAAGCUCAGCAUGAGCAAUCUGAAGACCAAACUCAACAUGAGCAAUCUAAAGAUCAAGCUCAGCGUGAGCCAUCUGAAGACCAAGCUCAGCGUGAGCCAUCUGAAGAUCAAGCUCAAAAUGAGCAAUCUGAAGAUCAAGCUCAAAAUGAGCAAUCUGAAGAUCAAGCUCAAAAUGAGCAAUCUGAAGAUCAAGCUCAAAAUGAGCAAUCUGAAAGCCUGGGUUCAUCUGAAAACCUGAACUCAUCUGAAAACCUGAGCUCAUCUGAGAAAGCCACGUUACCCCAGAAGAACUCAACAGAGGGCUCGGAGAAAGUCCCCACCAGCCGGGAGAAGAGGGAAUCCCGCCGGCAGAGGGGGCUGGAACACAACGACUUACAGAACAAGCACAUUCUGUUGUCCUUCGAAGGACCAUCUUCACUGUGCCUUGAGGAACAAACCACUUCUGAAGAGGCCCUGGAAGCUGUUCCAGUGCCAGAGAAAUCCACAGCUCAAGAUGAUACUGUCCCUCAGGGAGGCAGUGAGGAAGAGCAAAGUCCAAGUGAAGAGAAAGCGCUUCCGGACACGCCACCGUCAAGCGAGAUAAAGGAAAGUGGUUCUGCUCCCGAGCAACCACCUGUAUCAGAAGAGGGUGAUGUGGCAGCUGAUAGAACAAGAGCACAAGGGAAUCAGAGUAACCAAAUAAAAGGCAGCCAAAGCUUUAACUGCCCUGAAAGGCCCACGAAUCUUGCACUGAAUCUUCAUACCGUGCUGUCGGCUACUGGGAGCUUUCGGAGUCCAUCCGAGCCCUGGGCAGAUAAAAACAGACGUCCUGGUCAGAGGGCAACCAAAGACCUGGAUAGUCCCACUUCUUCUUCAAUCCAGAGAUAUGUGGAUAACCCAGAGAAGCUGAAGUACAAGAGGGAGAAGUGGAAAGGCAAGAGGCAGUCUGAUGCUGGUCAGAAUGAUGUGCUGAGUCAGUCCUUGGAUGGAAGGACACGUGUGGAUAAAUCUCCUCAGGAUCAGCUGGAGAAGAAGGGGAGUUCAGCUUCAUUAAGUGAUCUCUCAACACUGGCCCAGACUGUUGCCAUGAACCAGCAAUCACCAGAUACGAUAGAAGAAGAAAAAGGCACCAAGAAAUACCCUGUGCAGAAGAAGCCCAGUGACCACUUCCCUACCUCAGACACGGCUGCUCCUGUGCCAGCAGCGAGUCAGCAGGGGGAUGCCAGGUCUGCUUUUAAAAGCCCUUUGCGUAGACUUUUGGGGAAAAAGCCUGACAAGAAGAUUCCAAAGGAGAGCUCUGAUGUGAUUGAGGAAGGAGAUGGCCUCUCCCUUGUGUCUUGUGUCCUCUUUACAGACACAGGAGGUAGCCAGAAAGCUUCAGAAGCUUCUUCUGGGCAGCCAGGCCGCCCCCAGGCAGUGAAGGAGAACAGCAAAGCAAAGAAGAACAGGACCAUAAAGAUCAGCAAGAUCUCGAGCGUGUCCCAGAACUGGCGAGCGUCCAUGGUCCGGGAGAUUGCAAAUGCCAACGAGCUGAAACACCUGGAUGAGUUCCUCCUCAACAAGAUCAAUGAUUUACGCUCCCAAAAGUCUGGUGUCGAGUGUUUGUUUUUUGAAGCCACAGAGAAAUUUAGAGGGAACAUCAAGACCAUGUACUCUGCUCCUAAUGGACAAAUCCAUGUUGGCUACAAAGACCUGGUGGAAAAUUACCAGCUUCUGCUUACAAAUCUGGCCCAAAAAAGGGAAGAGAAAGAAAUCAAGCUGGUUUUGAAUCUCUUUCAAUCCCUUCUGGAUGAAUUCAUCAGAGGAUAUACAAAAAAAGAGGAAUCUGAGCAGCCCAAGCAAACCAAAGCCCAGAAGAAGAAACGAAAACAAGAUCGUGCAAUUGAAGAGCACAAUGGCCACGUGUUCACAAACUACCAAGUGAGCAUCCGGCAGUCGUGUGAGCACUGCUCGUCCUACAUCUGGCCCAUGGAGAAAGCCUGUCUGUGCAGUGUUUGCAAGCUGACUUGUCACAAGAAGUGCAUGUCCAAAAUCCAGAGCAGCUGUACCUCCUGUGGGAAAAAGAACGAGCAGGAUGCAGAGCCACGGCACUUUGGAGUGAGUGUGAGCUCCCUGACCAGCGAGAGGAACUCUGUCCCCGUGGUCAUGGAGAAGCUGCUGGAGUACGUGGAGAUGCACGGGCUCUACACAGAGGGGAUCUACAGGAAAUCAGGGUCAGCAAAUCGGAUGAAGGAGCUCAAACAGUUGCUGCAAGCAGAUCCAAACUCAGUGAAACUGGAGAAUUACCCUAUUCACACCAUCACGGGGAUCCUUAAGCAGUGGCUGCGGGAGCUGCCAGACCCACUGAUGACAUCAGCACAGUACAAUGAUUUCCUCCGAGCUGUAGAACUACCAGAAAAACAGGAGCAACUCUGUGCCAUUUACAGUGUCCUGGAACAGCUCCCACAAGCAAAUCAUAAUACCCUGGAGCGACUCAUCUUCCAUCUUGUCAAAGUGGCUUUGAUAGAAGAUGUCAACCGUAUGUCCCCCAACGCCCUGGCCAUCGUGUUUGCUCCGUGCCUCCUGCGCUGUCCGGAUACCUCUGACCCCUUAACCAGCAUGAAGGAUGUUUCAAAAACAACCAUGUGUGUAGAGAUGCUCAUCAAGGAACAGAUAAGGAAGUACAAGAUAAAAAUGGAUGAGAUCAGUCAGCUGGAAGCAGCAGAGAGCAUCGCCUUCCGACGGCUCUCGUUGCUCCGGCAGAACACGCUCUGGCCUGUAAAACUGGGGUUCUCUUCCCCUUACGAGGGGAAGCUGAGUAAAAGCUCUCAGGUGAAAGGAAAGGACAGUGGCACCUCAGAGCUGGACUCAGUGCAUGAGGAUGAAGAAGUUUCUGAAGCCGAUAACCGGGAAAAGGAGAUUCUCAUCGAUCGCAUACAGUCCAUAAAAGAAGAAAAGGAGGACAUAACCUACCGGUUACCUGAGCUCGACCAGCGGGGCUCCGAUGAGGAAAACGUGGACUCGGAGACGUCGGUGAGCACAGAGAGCCUGCUGGAGGACAGGCCAGGCCGGAUGGAUACCGAAGCAAUUAUUGGAUUACACUGCCGUGCUCAGAGCUCCAGCCUGCCUGCCAAAGACAUUUGCAAAGUGCCUUCUCUCCCGCAAACCUCUUCACAUUCCUACUCUGCACCCCUGGCUUCAAGGCGCAGAUACUCUCUAACACUGUCCAAGAUGAAAGUGCCCCGUCGAACUCCAGUGAUGCCAACAGCAAAUAUAAAACUCCCUCCUGGGAUGUUCAAAUGUACGGAGUCCCAGGGCGGGGUUCCUGCUAACGAGGAGUCUCGGGUGGUGAGACGCAGGGAGCAGCCAGCAAGGCGGACUGACAGCAUCCACUCGGUGUACAUUGCACAAGGGUCUGCACUGACCCACGCUCAGGAACUCGUGGAUGAAUACGAACCGACUGCGAAAGUCAAAAGGAGGUUCUCAGAUCCUUACUCUCACAUUCCCUGUAUGGAGGAGUGAAAUACUUCAGCUCUCUAGACUUUUUUUUGAAGUUGACCACAGCUUUUGGCUUUAACCCUUUGAAAGGCUGUAAACUUGUCUUUAAGUAGGUGCCGGCAAGGCAACCUGGAAAUGUACAGUACUGUAAAGGUUCAGCAAGGUUGUUUAAAGCAAAUGUUCUCCACUUUAAAUUAAAACCUUGAAAAAACCCUAAAAUUUAAUGCUGAGUAAAAUAUGUGGGUUGAGUGUACAGGAAACAAGCCCCCCCAUUCCGCUGCCGUGCCUUUUUUCAUUUGCCUUACAAUGGACUCUCAUGGGACCAACAGUGAGUUUAGGUCAAUGUGUGUUGCCUUAAUUUUUUUUAAUGACAAUUUUCUGUGUGGUUUACAGAACUGUUUAACGUAAUAGCCUUAACUGAGACCAAAAUGUAUAAAGAAGUUUAUUAAAACGUUGCACUUUUAAAAAAAA